CUGUGUUUAAAAACAGGAAAUAAGAGAGCUUCAACCCAACAGAUGAGAGUUACUCUAGAGAAGAGCUCAGGAGUCAGAGGAGCGAUGCUUCUACCGGGGAGAAAACAGCUUUUCUGUCUUUUAUGGACCAUCAUUUUAUUAUCACAGUGGGUGCAUGGCCAGCACUGUAUCUGGUACGGUGAAUGUGGUAAUUCCCCUAAAGUUCCAGAGAAGAAGUUAAACUGUAAUUACACAGGCCCACCUAUACCUUUACCUGACCAGGAAGGACAGGACCUGCUACAGGAGCUGUGCCCAGGACUGGUCUAUGGGGACAACAAAGUUUGCUGUGACACCCAACAGCUCAAGACACUGAAAAACAAUAUUCAGAUCCCCCUUCAGUACCUGUCCAGGUGUCCGGCAUGUUUCUUCAACUUCAUGACCCUGUUCUGCGAGCUUACCUGCAGUCCCAGACAGAGUGAUUUCGUCAAUUCCACACAGUUCUCUGCAUUUAACAAAAGCAAAACUAAUGUGGACGAGGUGACCUACUAUAUCAGCCAGACCUUUGCCAAUGCCAUGUAUAACGCCUGCAGUGACGUUCAGGCCCCCUCCACUAAUGUCAAAGCCCUCAGUCUGCUUUGUGGGAGAGACGCUAGCCAGUGCACUCCCAACAACUGGAUCAAGUACAUGUUCGAUAUCAACAAUGGCCAAGUCCCCUUCGCUAUUGACCCGAUUUUCUCAGAUGUACCCACUGCAGGCAUGACACCCAUGAGCAACGUGACGUUUAACUGUACACAGUCUCUGGAUGACGGCUCGAGGCCCUGCUCAUGUCAGGACUGCAGUGAAGCGUGUGGCCCCACACCCGUGGCCCCCGCAGUCCUUCCGCCCUGGACCAUCCUCGGCCUGGACGCCAUGACCGUCAUCAUGUGGUGUUCUUAUAUAGCCUUCCUCAUCAUCUUCUUUGGAGUUGUGCUGGGGGCAUGGUGUUAUAGGAAUAGGAUGGUCACAUCUGAAUAUGGCCCAAUUCUUGAUAGCAACCAGCCCCACUCCAUAAACUCUGAUGGCACAGAUUUCGUAGGUGAUGCUACAUGCUGCGAGACACUGGGCGAGCGUUUUGAGAACUGUCUCCGUGUCCUCUUCAGCAGCUGGGGCUCCUUGUGUGUGCGGCACCCCUUAACCGUGAUCCUGACCAGCGUGGUGCUGGUGUCCAUCUGCUCGGCCGGACUGACCUACAUGCGCAUCACAACCAACCCGGUGGAGCUCUGGUCGUCUCCCAGCAGUAGGGCCAGGCAGGAGAAGGACUAUUUCGACCAGCACUUCGGACCAUUUUUCCGCACCGAGCAGCUCAUCAUCACCACCCCGGUGAAUGCAUCGUUCGUUUUUUCACCCACCUCUGGACCAGACAUCCACUUCUCCUCCAUUCUGAACAUAACGCUCCUCCAUCAGGUGUUGGAUCUUCAGACAGCAAUUACAAACCUAACAGCUGAAUAUAAGGGAGAGACGGUUACUCUUAAAGACAUCUGUCUUUCUCCACUGGCUCCUUACAAUGACAAUUGUACCAUCCUAAGUGUGUUAAACUACUACCAAAACAGCCAUGAAGUCCUGGAUCAUGAGAUUGCUGAUGAGUUCUUUGUCUACUUUGACUACCACACUCAUUUUCUGUAUUGUGCCAGUUCUCCCACGGCCCUGGAUGACACAAGCCCCUUGCAUGACGCCUGCAUGGGUACAUUUGGAGGACCAGUUUUCCCCUGGCUUGCUCUUGGUGGAUAUGAGGGUACUGCUUACAACAACGCCACAGCUCUAGUGAUCACCUUUCCUGUCAACAACUACCUGAAUGACACAGACAAAAUAGGCAAAGCUUUAGCAUGGGAGAAAGUGUUUAUCGACUUUGUGAAGAACUAUGACAACCCCAACCUGACCAUCUCAUUCAGUGCGGAGCGCAGCAUUGAAGAUGAGAUCAACCGCGAGAGCAACAGUGAUGUCACCACCAUCGUGAUCAGCUACGUCAUCAUGUUUGUCUACAUCUCACUGGCUCUGGGACAGAUUAACAGCUUCUGGACAGUGCUGGUGGACUCUAAGAUCUCUCUGGGUAUCGCCGGUAUCCUGAUCGUGUUGAGUUCAGUCGCAUGUUCACUGGGUAUCUUCAGCUACAUCGGCAUCCCUCUAACACUUAUCGUCAUUGAGGUCAUUCCUUUCCUCGUGCUGGCUGUGGGUGUGGACAACAUCUUCAUCAUUGUACAAACCUACCAGAGGGAUGAGAGAAUGCUUGAGGAGGAGCUUCAUCAGCAGAUUGGACGUAUCCUCGGAGAGGUGGCUCCCAGCAUGUUCCUCUCUUCCUUCUCUGAGACUGUUGCUUUCUUUUUAGGUGCUCUGUCUAGCAUGCCUGCAGUGAGGACGUUCUCUCUAUUCGCUGGUCUGGCCGUCUUCAUUGACUUCCUUCUGCAGAUCAGCUGCUUUGUGUCUCUGCUGGGCCUGGACAUCAAAAGACAAGAGGCAAAUCGUCCAGAUAUAUUGUGCUGUGUGAAGUUGUCUGAGGGACAGCAGGGAACAUCAGAAGGUUGUCUGUUCCGCUUUUUUAAGAAGAUAUAUGCUCCUUUCAUCUUGAAGGAUUGGGUGCGCCCCCUGGUGGUUGCUGUGUUUGUGGGAAUGCUGUCAUUUAGUAUAGCCGUUGUUAAUAAAGUGGAGAUUGGACUUGAUCAGAGAUUGUCCAUGCCUGAUGACUCCUAUGUGCUGGAUUAUUUUGGGAAUCUGAGUGAGUACCUGCACACUGGGGCGCCAGUUUACUUUGUGGUAGAGGAUGGACAUGACUACAAAACAUCAGAGGGUCAGAACGCGGUGUGUGGCGGAGUGGGCUGCAACAGCAACUCUCUAGUCCAGCAAAUUUAUACCGCGUCUCUCUUGAAUAACUUUACCAAGAUCAACAACAUUCCAUCGUCCUGGCUGGACGACUACUUUGACUGGGUGAAGCCGCAGUCCUCCUGCUGCAGAUAUUAUAACACCACCGGAGCGUUCUGCAAUGCUUCAGUGGUGGAUAAGACCUGUGUUCACUGCAGACCUAUGACCACUAGUGGGAAACAGAGGCCUAAUGGUACUGAAUUCAUGCGCUUCCUCCCCAUGUUUCUCUCAGACAACCCAAAUAUCAAGUGUGGAAAAGGUUCUUCCAUGGACAGUGUAUUCUACGUCUUCUAUGAACAGUAUCUCACGAUCAUCUAUGACACUGCCUUUAACCUUGGUGUGUCGUUGGGGGCCAUCUUUGUGGUGUCUACGGUGCUUUUGGGCUUUGAGCUGUGGUCGGCAGUACUGGUGUCCUUCACCAUCGCCAUGAUCCUGGUCAACAUGUUCGGAGUCAUGUGGUUGUGGAAUAUCAGUCUCAACGCGGUCUCUUUGGUCAACCUUGUCAUGUGUUGUGGCAUAUCGGUGGAGUUCUGCAGUCAUAUUGUGAGGGCUUUCUCUGUCAGUACCAGGAGCUCGAGGGUGGAUCGUGCAGAGGAGGCGCUGGCACACAUGGGCAGCUCUGUGUUCAGUGGCAUCACCCUCACUAAAUUCGGCGGGAUCCUGAUUCUCGCCCUGUCCAAAUCCCAGAUCUUCCAGAUUUUCUACUUCCGCAUGUAUCUCUCAAUAGUCCUGCUAGGAGCCGCUCACGGCCUCAUCUUUCUGCCUGUGUUACUCAGUUAUGCAGGCCCAUCUGUAAAUAAAGCAAAAGUCAUGGCUGCUCGCAACAGGUUUGUGGGUACGGAAAGAGAGCAGCUUAUCUACUAACAGCUCUGUGACGCUGAACAGCAGUGGACAGCGCCAGCUCUUCAUUUCCAUGUUACAUGCUUAGUAGCACUUCAACAGACUUAACUCAAGACCCCCUUCGGGUGUACAGAAGGCCUUUUUACCAGCUUUCCCUUUCAACAUCCACCAAAAAACCUCAACUUUCAGUAUUGAAGUGAUAGAGUACGGAGAGUCUGUAUGUGGAAAAGAUGACCGUCAUUUCCUCAAAUGUGUGUAAACAUCAAAAACAUGUUGUAACCACAUGUAACGCAGCAGUCACUGUGGUAAACCAACCAAACAAGACAACAAAUGCAAAAAAAAUUGGUAUCAAUGUGUGUAAGAAAUGUGUAACUAAUCCUUUUUAUUUAUUUGUGUUUCUUUUCAUUUUUUUGUUAGUGCGUUUCAUUUAUUUACUUCACGAAUAAUGAUAGAACUGUCGACAGUGAGCCACGAUGGACAAUCUCUUGAUUUAUUGUGAUGCUAUGACAAGAACAA